AAUUGUGAAACAGACGAACACGUUGUAACAUAGACGAUGUUGUAACACCGUCAAUGAUCAGAAACCGUUCUCUGUAUCGUUGUAAACUGUUAUCGAGCAAACAUCGUUAAAGCCUCUGUGUUUUCGCUUCUAAUUACUCAUUGCCCUGAUUAGUGUUAUGACCUGGUAUGCCCGGUGAAAGGAAAACGACGAUCAAAUUUGUUCGGCUUACGUCUAUGGAUUUACGCGAAUUUCUAGUUCUCUAUAUCUUAAUUGAUUUUCCACUAGAAAAUACAAUUUACUAUUUCCUUGAUUCCCGAUUGCUUCAACGAUAUAUGAACAAUGGGAUGAAAUUAUAUGAUAUUAUUUCUAUAAAGUGAAUUUUGUGAAUUUCGUAAAGCUUGUAUAAUCGACUUUGACAAUCGAUUAGAACGUUAUGACGGCAAACGGAAGAAAUUAAUUGGAUUAAAGUACGUAUAACCAAAGAAAAUCUUAAAUAUUGAAAGAUAUGAUUGAACCUAUCGAAAUCAUUUUUUCAAGAUGUCACAAGGUUGUCCGUCGGUUUCUCAUCAGCUUGCCGCUGCAUCGAUCGCCUUUCGUCGUGCUCGUAAAAAAUUUCCGAAGGAUUACGGCGUUAGAUCUAAAGACAAUAAAACCGAAAUAGAAUGGAUCAAGAAAAACAAGAACGAUCAACCUGUGAGCUCUUCGUCCGCGAAAUGUAUGAGUAACAACGACAAAUCACAGUGUUUUUGUUCGCCGUCCGUGUACAGCGAUGAUGAUCCACGUUAUUUGUCGGCAAAACAAAGUUUAUCGAUUAAACAAAGCAAAUGUACAUGUUGCCGACAUAACAAGGAAUAUUUCGAAGAAUCUACAAGAUGGUCAAACGAUCAAAGUGCCGUUGGAGAUGUUUUAGAUAAAGUAUCAACUCGCGAACAAUUUAUCGAUGUUGAAUCAAGAAAAUCGGUAGAUCGAUACAAUCACGACCUAGAAAGAGAUACGAAGAAUAAUUUUACACAUCUCACGAGAAGAAAGUGUACAUGCUGUCCGAUGUCUAUCAAAAAACGCAUAGAAAAUGAUCCAUCGAAGUUAGAUUCCAUUGAUCUUUUAUACGUUGCAUCGCACGAGAAACAUUGUUGCGUUAAUUCUAUAGACAAUCGUGAGCGUCUCGCUGAAGACGAAACGCUUGAUCAUUUUUCACGAAGGAACCGGGACGAUCAGGAGCUUCGUCGAUCGUGCUCGAAAUUAGAUAAGUCGACGACAAGGAAAGAAGAAAUCUCACCUUUGCUUCGCACGUGUGACCCUCGGUCCCCACGAGACAUUAAUCUCGAUCUCUUACGAUCACCCGAAGACCAUCGGCCUCGUCUCUGUCAUCGUUGUCCUGCCUGUCCUCGUCACUCCUGUCGACAACGAUGCCACUUUUGUCAGCAGAAAAGCGAAAGGAUUUCUAAUUUUCUCCCGGUCGGUUGCACGUGCCUGUCUAUUCUGGGUAAUCGCCGUGGCUGUUCGUCGAAGGAUCACGAGAGGAUACGAACUUAUGGGAAGAAGGAGGAAGAGGAAGAGGAGGAUGAGAAUGUAGGAGUUAUCGAUCACAAAGAUUCGAUAUCCAUUCUCAUGGAAAAGUAUAAGUCGAGAGACGCGCAGGAGGAACGACAGAAAAGGAAGAAUCGAUCGAAGGGAAAUGAAAGGACCGGCAAUUGUUACGAGGAGUCGCAAACUUCGAGAAUUCUCGCUCGCGAAAACAGAAAGGAUUCGACGGAGGGCUUGGAAAAUUCCAAGAGUUGCGAUCGCUGUAGAUGCCAAGAAAAUCGUCUAAGAUGGAAGGAACAGGAGGAAAGGGAGCAAGAGGAAAAGACGCUCCUGUUCGAUGAUGGCCGUAAUCGGAUUCGUGGCGAAGGCGAUUUCUAUCGAAGGAAGAAGCCUGCCCGAUCGAAAUUCGGAGUACCCUGGAGACAUACCUUUUGACGACCCUAUCCUUUGCCAGUUUACUUCCCUCUAUACAUAUACUUUUUAUAUCCUUUUUUUUAUCCGCAAAUUUUAUAAACGUCUAUAUAACAUUUUUAU